UGUAUAAAUAGAGGUCCAGCGGCAUUCCUCUCCUCAUCGACAUCAAUUCUCGAUCACCAUCUCGAUCGAGCUCGACCUAGCCAGCAGAGAGUAAGAGUGCAGUGAGACAUAUAGCACUUGAUCGAUCGACCAAUCCGUUGUUGAGGAUCAUGAGGUCGUACUGGUUGGCUCUCGCAUGGGCGGCGCUCGUCGUCGCCUCCGUGGCACACGCCUCGCCGCCGUCGCUGGAGGUCGGGUUCUACAAGCACUCGUGCCCGCAGGCCGAGGAGAUCGUGCGCAACGCCGUCCGCCGCGCCGUCGCCAGGGACCCGGGCCUCGGCGCGGGCCUCAUCCGGAUGCACUUCCACGACUGCUUCGUCCGGGGCUGCGACGGCUCCAUCCUCAUCAACUCCACGCCGGACCACCAGGCGGAGCAGGACUCACCCGCGAACAACCCCAGCAUGCGGGGCUUCGACGUCAUCGACGACGCCAAGGCCGUCCUCGAGGCGCACUGCCCGCGCACCGUCUCCUGCGCCGACGUCGUCGCCUUCGCGGCCCGCGACGGGGCCUACCUCGCCGGCGGCAUCGACUACCAAGUCCCCUCGGGCCGCCGCGACGGCCGCGUCUCCAACGCGGGCGAGGUGCUCGUCAACAACGUCCCGGCCCCGACCGACCGCGUCGGCGAGCUCGUCGAGAGCUUCAAGCGCAAGGGCCUCUCCGCCGACGACAUGGUCACGCUCUCCGGCGCGCACACCAUCGGCCGCUCCCACUGCUCCUCCUUCACGCAGCGGCUCUACAACUUCAACGGCCAGCUGGGGCGGACCGACCCCACCAUCGACGCGGCCUACGCGGCGCACCUCAAGAUGCGGUGCCCAUGGCCGUCCAGCGACGACCAGAUGGACCCCACGGUGGUGCCGCUCGACCCCGUGACGCCGACGAGCUUCGACAACCAGUACUUCAAGAACGUGCUGGCGCAUAAGGUGGUGCUCACCUCCGACCAGACGCUGCUCGACAGCCCGUGGACGGCUGGGGUCGUCGCGUUCCACGCUGCCGUCGAGAAGGCGUGGCAGGCCAAGUUCGCCAAGGCCAUGGUCAAGAUGGGCAAAAUCGAGGUGCUCACCGGUGACGAGGGGGAGAUCAGGGAGAAAUGCUUCGUCGUGAACCACUACUAGCUGCCGCUACAUUGCUUGUACUACACAAGUUUGAAUGUGCCACGUCCAUCACCAAUCGCCACACUUAAAUUUGUUCCUUUUUUGUGUUGUAACCAAUCAUGUCUUUGUGAAGUAAUUUUUUUUUUGUUUUGUGUACGUGAUUUUUCGUUACCGAUAAUAAUAAAGAAAGCGAAUUCUUAUGUUUA